AUAUUUAUGUUUUGCAUGUCGAACUUUCGACUGUUGACACCCGUAGUGGUUGAGUGCUCAACACUCUUUAAUUUGUACUUCGUUAUGAUAAGGUGAUAAGAUAAUAAAAAGAAUCCAAUAAAUAUGAAAAUUGAAAGCAGUGAAUUUUCCGAUCAGCAGAUCUAUCUAUAAUGUUGCAGUGCUGUUACUGUUCUAAAGAGUUUAAAUAUGAAAGCGAGAAAAAGAGACAUGAACAAAGUCAUUUUCCACAAUUUGAGUGCAACCAAUGUUUUAAGAAGUUUAGUUUUCUAUCAGCCUUAAGAAGGCACCAAAAGCAGCAUGAAAGGACAGGACAUGUUCCGUGCCUUGACUGUGGGCGUAAUUUUCGCGAUGAUAUUCUUCUUAAGCGUCACAUAAAAUAUGCACAUAAAGGUACAUAUGAAUGUUCUAAAUGCGGCUCCAAAUUCAAAAGUGACUUGGCAUUAAUGUCGCAUAUGAAGACACAUAAGCCUAAAGCUGAAAGAAGAUUCCAGUGUAGUUUUGAAGACUGUAAAAAAUCUUUUAACUUUGCACACCACCUUAAACAUCAUGAGCUAACACACACUAAUGCAAAACAGUUUUAUUGUAAAACUUGUGGAAAAGGUUUUAUUCAGGCCCAUCAUUUGAAGUCUCAUAUUAAAACCCAUGAACCUGAGAAUUGGCUGUAUUGUACCAUACCAGAUUGUGAUAAGAAAUUUGUUACAGAAUAUGCAAGAAAAAAACAUCUCACAAGCCACAGGACAACCAUCGAUAGUGGCAUAUCUUCCGAUUCGAACUGUGAAAUUUCAGGAUCUCAGGACUCAUUAAAAGCAGAUGCAGCAGUGCUUUGUGCCAAAUGCGGAAAUAUGGUAACACCAACUUCAUAUGCAAAUCAUGAAAGAGAAUGUAUGCCAAUACCAGAAAUGCCUCAAGACAGAUAUAUAAAUACAAAGAUUGAAAUUGAAUUGAAUAAUAAUUAUAAUAACGUAGAAGUUUUUAGCAACUGCAAAACAAUAUUGGGAAAAUGUAUUGCAAACGAAAAUUCACCAAAUAGUUGUUUAUGUGCUCAAAUUAAAGAUGCGAACAAUUUUUAUGAUGAAUUACUUCCGAACGAAAACUUUGAUCCUCUUAAAGUUGAGGUAAAUAAUAAGCAAACACUCAAUAGCAACUAUGAGGAUAUCAGUGUUAUGAGCAAUGCAUGUGAAGGCUGUGAUUGUUCCAAUACCACAUCUAAUGUCCAAAAUAUGAACUCUUUGAAGGAACCCUUAUUACAAAAUACAAAUGACAAUUUACCAAAAUUUGAAUUAAGAGAUGAUGGUGCAAUAAAACUCAAAGAUACAAUUGACAUUGGUAUCAAUAUUAAAAAAGAAAAAGAAAUGACUGAAACUGAUGAAUUAUUGAAAAUUAUGAAUCAAGUGCCUUUUAAUAGUUGUAAAGCAGUGUUAGGUAAAUGUAUAGUGAGUGGUAGUGGUACCAUAAGUGAGAAUUGUUUAUGUGCUAAAAUGGCAAUAGAUGACCAUCAAAUGACGGCUCAAGAAAUUGAUGAGAUAACACCACAACCAAUGAUGACAACAUAGUAAUUUAUUAUCUGUGAUUUAAUAGUUAUGUUUAUGUUGAGUUUAUAAUCUACAUAGAUUCAUAUAUUUUUAAAUACUUACUAUUUUAGGUGUUGCGAUUAUAAUAGGAUUAGAUAAAAAUAAAAACUAUAUUUAUUAAUAUUAACUUUAUAUUUAUUUACAACACUUCUUUACAUUUUCAACCAUAUUAUACAAAAUAUAUCUUAGUUAACAAUUACUACAGUAAUAAAAAUUAUUAUUUUACAAUCAGACCUCACUUCUAAAAGUAUAACUAAGUUAAAAAUUAUUUAAUCGACAAAUGGAAUGCCACUUUAUCAUUCGGAAUUAUCACAUAACGGCAUGGAUUAUACAUUUUAAAUAUUAAGGGAUAUUUAUAUCAGUAACAAACAUCCCUUUAAUACAAUUCAGAUAAAAUAAUGAGGAACCCAAUUAAAUGUCAAUUUACUGAUUAUUGAAAUAAACAAUGUUAUUAUAAUAAAAUAUACAUUUAUCUAUGGUAACAAUUUAAAAAGAAGAAAUUAAUUCUUCGUCGUUGAAGAUAAUAAUUAAAUGAUUAAAUUUUUGGCCGCGUUUGUUCACGUACUUGAAGCAAUAAAUAAUCUAAAAUCCUCA